CAUCACAUUUGUCAACAUCAUUACAUCAUCCCAGCUUUUGACUCAAUCGUCCAUUUUCAGUACAUUCAAGAGCACCGAUCCAUACACAGUACCAAGUUGUCGUUGGCCACAACGAGAUGGCAUCAGAAGAACCAGAACGCCGGCCUCUGCUGGCUGCAACAAGUGGCGCAUUGGAUGCUGGAGUCGCCGGGGCGGACACGCGGCAACGCACAGGUUCAGGGGAGGAAGGAAGAGGAGCAACUGGGACUUUUAAACGCAAUCUCGGCACUCUGGAGGCUUUUGCAAUUGUCAUCAGUAUUGUGAUCGGAAGUGGCGUGUUCACCUCCCCUGGCUCUAUUGACACCAAUGUCCCCUCUCCCGGUGCGGCUCUCGUGAUUUGGUUUGUGGGUGGUGUAUUGGCAUGGACUGGAGCUAGUACUAUGGCGGAGUUGGGGACUGCUAUUCCUGGCGAAGGUGGUGUACAGCCGUACCUCAAGUACAUAUUCGGUGACGUGUUUGGUUUCCUUGCGGCUUGGACCUGGGUAGUGGCAGUGAUGCCCGCAACAUUGGCCAUCUUGAGCAUCGUUUUCAUUGAAAGCAUCUACUCAGCUGCCGGAGUCACAGAUCAAGGGGGCACCCUCCUUCACAAACUGCUUUCGAUCGUCGUCCUUUCUGUCAUCAGUGUCGCCAAUUCGAUCAGUACCAAGGCCAGCACAAGGCUCAAUAACUUCUUUGUCGUCACAAAGUUUGUCACCAUCGCCGCGAUUGUUAUUGCGGGCGUUGUUGUUGUCAUUUUGCAGCUCGUGGAUCGGAACCGAACGGUGGGUGGUGGUGACUGGGUCAAGCAACCUUGGUUUGGAUAUCGAGACAGCGUCAACCCCGACGGCAGCGUGACGCAUUGGGCCGAUGUUACCCAGUGGGAGCUUUUUGGAUAUCUCUCCGCUGCUCUUUACGCUGCUCUGUGGGCAUAUUCUGGCUGGGACAAGGCGAUCUACAUCUCUGCCGAGCUUUCAUCACCGGCGCGCCAACUACCCCUGGCCAUUAACACCUCCAUACCGACCAUCAUCCUCUGCUUCAUCACAGCCAACGCAGCUUACUACAUCUUACUGCCAUGGAAUGUGGUUUCAAGAACGGAUAGCGUCGCUGUGACGGCAAUAACCCGACUUCUUGGUCCUGCCUUUGGCAUCCUUGCGGCUGUAUUCAUCUGUCUAGUGGUUGCUGGUUCUCUCCUAGGAAACUCAUUUGUGGCCGGACGUAUGGCGGUCGCAGCAGCAAAUCAGAACUGGUUGCCCAAGCCACUCAGCAUUGUUGGGCGCAUUGGGUUUAAGCCGGAGGAGCGCGAAACGACGUCGGACGCCCCAGUCAACGCCAUCAUCGUAUCCACAAUUCUCUCCUCGCUAUACAUUUUGCUUGGAAACUUCAGGGCGUUGCUGACUUUCAACGGGUUGGGAGAGUACACGUUCUUCUUUCUGACGGUUGUAGGGGCUAUUGUUCUCAGGUACAGGGAACCGCAAUUGGCUCGGCCAUAUAAACCCCUUAUUGCCAUCCCAAUCGUGUUUGCGUUGGUCAGCGGGUUUGUCGUUGUUCGCGGAGCUGUCUUCGCGCCUGUUCCCGCCGUUGUCUUGGUCGGGUUAUGGGUAGCGGGGUUGGUGUUUUACUUUGUCCGUAGGCGGUACCAAGAGCGGGGGUUGGAGUGA